UUUAGCAAAGGAGCUCGAGGGCUAUCGACCCUUGCCAAGCCUUUUGGCAGUUUUGCGCUUCGCCGCCCACUUCUCCCACUUCCUCCGCCCACAGAAAAAUUUUUAUCCCGCGAUCUCUCGCUCCCCCCGUAAUUCGGCCUCGCUGGAGACGACCACGCCGGUCUGCCGGCCGCCCCGCCGCCAAUGACUAUGAUGACCCCGCCACCGCUCGAGCAAGAGGAUGACGAGAUGCUGGUCCCCCACCCGGAGUUCACCGAAGGCCCCCAGCCGAUGGAAGCGGCUCAAGUUGAGGCUCCCACUGUGGCGGAGAACCAGUCGGUGGAGGAUCCCCCUACCUCGAGGUUCACAUGGACGAUUGAAAGUUUCUCGAGGCUGAACACUAAGAAGCUUUACUCUGAUAUUUUCGUUGUUGGAGGCUAUAAAUGGAGAAUCUUAAUCUUUCCUAAAGGGAACAAUGUGGAUCACUUGUCCAUGUAUCUUGAUGUUGCUGAUUCUGCUACUUUGCCUUAUGGUUGGAGUAGAAAUGCACAAUUUAGCCUGGCUGUUUGUAAUCAAAUUCACAGCAAGUUCACUAUUAGAAAAGACACACAACACCAAUUUAAUGCUCGAGAAAGUGAUUGGGGUUUCACUUCAUUUAUGCCUCUUGGAGAUCUGUAUGAUCCGAUUAAAGGAUACCUUGUGAACGACACAUGUGUAAUUGAGGCUGAGGUUGCCGUCAGGAGAGUGGUUGACUAUUGGAAUUAUGAUUCAAAAAAAGAAACGGGUUAUGUCGGACUUAAGAAUCAAGGCGCUACGUGCUACAUGAACUCUCUUCUUCAAACUUUGUACCAUAUUCCCUAUUUCAGGAAGGCGGUGUACCAUAUGCCGACGACUGAGUUUGAUAUUCCUUCAGCAAGCAUUCCAUUGGCACUGCAAAGCUUAUUUUAUAAACUUCAAUAUAGUGACAGCAGUGUCGCCACGAAAGAGCUGACGAAGUCGUUUGGAUGGGACAUGUACGAUUCUUUUAUGCAACACGAUGUGCAAGAACUCAACCGAGUUCUUUGUGAGAAGUUAGAAGACAAAAUGAAGGGAACUGUCGUGGAAGGAGCGAUUCAACAACUUUUUGAGGGACAUCAUAUGAACUUUAUUGAAUGCAUCAAUGUUGAUUACAAGUCAAGUAGAAAGGAAUCAUUUUAUGAUCUUCAGCUAGAUGUAAAAGGUUGCAAGGAUGUGUAUGCUUCUUUUGAUAAAUAUGUUGAAGUGGAGCGGCUUGAAGGAGAUAACAAAUACCAUGCUGAACAAUAUGGUUUACAGGAUGCAAAGAAAGGUGCACUUUUUCUGGACUUCCCUCCUGUGUUGCAACUCCAACUAAAACGCUUCGAAUAUGACUACAUGCGUGAUACAAUGGUGAAGAUAAAUGAUCGGUACGAGUUUCCUUUGCAACUAAACCUUGAUAGAGAUAACAGGAAGUAUCUUUCUCCUGAUGCUGACCAUAGUGUCCGCAACCUUUAUACUCUCCAUAGUGUUCUUGUGCAUAGUGGUGGUGUUCAUGGUGGACAUUACUAUGCUUUCAUCAGACCAACUCUGUCUGAUCAGUGGUACAAGUUUGAUGAUGAGAGGGUAACAAAAGAAGAUGUGAAAAGGGCGCUAGAGGAGCAGUAUGGUGGGGAAGAAGAGCUGCCACAGACAAAUCCCGGAUUUAAUAAUACUCCGUUUAAGUUUACGAAGUAUUCAAAUGCCUAUAUGCUUGUUUAUAUUCGUGAAUCUGACAAAGACAAGAUAAUUUGCAAUGUUGAUGAAAAGGAUAUCGCUGAACACCUUAGAAUAAGAUUGAAGAAAGAACAAGAGGAAAAGGAGCACAAGAAGAAGGAGAAAGCUGAGGCCCACCUUUUUACCAUUAUAAAGGUAGCUAGAGAUGAAGAUUUGGCUCAACAGACUGGAAAAGAUAUAUAUUUUGAUUUAGUUGAUCAUGAAAAAGUUCGCAGUUUCCGCAUACAGAAGCAAGUGCCGUUCAACCUUUUUAAGGAUGAGGUAGCGAAGGUAUUUGGUGUCCCGGUUCAAUAUCAGCGGUUUUGGUUGUGGGCUAAGCGGCAGAACCAUACCUACCGUCCCAACAGGCCGUUACUUCCUCAAGAGGAAGCACAAUCUGUUGGGCAGCUGAGAGAAGUAUCAAAUAAAGCUCACAAUGCUGAACUAAGGCUAUUCUUGGAAGUGGAAUAUGGACCGGACCUUCGUGUUCUCCCUCCACUGGACAAGACUAAGGAAGAUAUACUGCUAUUCUUUAAACUUUAUGACCCUGAAAAAGAAGAGCUAAGAUAUGUUGGAAGGCUUUUUGUGAAAGCUUUAGGGAAACCAUUGGAGAUAUUGUCAAAAUUAAAUCAAAUGGCUUCUUUCCCUCAAAAUGAAGAGAUUGAACUUUAUGAGGAAAUAAAGUUUGAACCAAGUGUAAUGUGUGAACACAUUGAUAAGAAGCUAUCUUUUCGAUCCAGCCAGCUGGAAGAUGGUGAUAUUAUUUGUUAUCAAAAAGCUCCUACCCCGGAAAAUGAAGAGAAAUAUCGUUAUCCAGAUGUUCCAUCUUUUUUGGAAUAUGUUCAUAACCGGCAGGUGGUCCAUUUUCGGUUAUUGGAUAGGCCCAAGGAGGAUGAUUUUAGUUUGGAGUUGUCAAAACUUUUCACCUACGACGAUGUUGUAGAACGAGUUGCUCGACAUAUCGGCCUCGAUGACCCGUCGAAGAUAAGAUUGACAUCUCACAACUGCUAUUCUCAACAACCUAAACCCCAACCCAUCAAAUACCGCGGGGUAGAGCAUCUUUCAGACAUGCUCAUCCAUUACAAUCAGACCUCAGACAUAUUGUACUACGAGGUUUUGGACAUUCCUCUCCCAGAGUUGCAAGGUUUAAAAACUCUUAAAGUCGCAUUUCAUCAUGCCAUGAAGGAUGAGGUAGUGAUUCACAACAUCAGGCUACCCAAAAGCAGUACUGUGGCCGAUGUGAUCAAUGACUUGAAAACCAAGGUUGAACUAUCUCAUCCCAAUGCGGAACUCCGAUUAAUUGAGGUUUUCUACCACAAAAUUUACAAGAUCUUUCCACUCAUUGAGAAGAUUGAGAACAUAAAUGAUCAGUACUGGACCCUGCGCGCUGAGGAGAUUCCAGAAGAAGAGAAAAACCUUGGUCCACAUGAUCGCUUGAUUCAUGUUUAUCACUUCAUGAAGGAUCCUAAUCAAAACCAAAUGCAGAUUCAGAAUUUUGGGGAGCCUUUCUUCUUGGUUAUCCAUGAUGGCGAAACUCUAGCUGAGAUUAAAUUUCGCAUUCAGAAGAAACUGCAGAUUCCUGAAGAGGAAUUCUCAAAGUGGAAAUUCGCGCUAUUGUCACUUGGACGCCCUGAAUACUUGCAAGAUUCUGAUAUUAUUGCUGGCCGAUUUCAGCAGAGGAGAGAUGUCUAUGGAGCCUGGGAACAAUAUCUUGGAUUGGAGCAUUCAGACACCACACCCAAAAGAGCUUAUACAGCUAAUCAGAGUCGUCAUACCUACGAAAAACCUGUGAAAAUCUACAACUAAUGAUGUAAUCAUUCUUUGUCAUGAGUUCCCAACUUCGACGACUCCUCGACAACCCAUUUCGCUUAAGGGGACGGCAAAAUUUAACCAUAGAACUCGAGGCAUACGCGAACGAACGAAAAAAAAAAAAAAAAUGAAACUUCCACUCAGUGUGUUGAUAACGAGUCUGAGUCGCAGACCAAGAUAGUCCCACCUCAGAAUUUCUGGUCGUGUAUUAUUCUUUCUGCAAUCUCUCUGUCACAUUUAGUCGAGUCCGUCGACACGGUUUGAUCGCAUCUCCAUUAUUAUUAUAAUUCCAGUGCACGAUUAGAGAAGAUUUUGACUCAGAUGUACACAGAACAUAUAUAGUUGGUUUCUCAUGCUUGGCUUUUAUUGUUUUGAUUUAUUUCUCUCACUGCAACCUGGGGAUAAUGCUGCUUUUGUUUCUUAGGAGAAAGAGGGUGGGAUGUGUAAUUUGGUGAUUGGGUUGGUACUGCUUUGAAUUGUAGUAAACUCUGCCUAUGUAAAGAAACCAAGUUUCCACCUCUUUGCCUUCCAUAUAAA